GGACCUCCGAGUCCGUGUCCAGCAGCAGCGCCCUCGGCAGCCAGGACAGCGUGUCGCUCGCACCCGCCGGUCCAGCCGCCGCCGCCUGGCCAGGCACACGCGGCCUCACCCAUGGGGAACAGCAAGAGCGGGGCCCUGUCCAAGGAGAUCCUGGAGGACCUGCAACUGAACACCAAGUUCACGGAGGAGAAGCUGUGCUCCUGGUACCAGUCCUUCCUGAAGGAGUGCCCCAGCGGCCGCAUCACGCGGCAGGAGUUCCAGAGCAUCUACGCCAAGUUCUUCCCCGAGGCCGACCCCAAGGCCUACGCCCAGCAUGUGUUCCGCAGCUUCGACGCCAACAGCGACGGCUCGCUGGACUUCAAGGAGUAUGUCAUCGCCCUGCACAUGACCUCGGAGGGCAGGACCAACCAGAAGCUGGAGUGGGCCUUCUCCCUCUAUGACGUGGACGGCAACGGGACCAUCAGCAAGAACGAAGUGCUGGAGAUCAUCACGGCUAUUUUCAAAAUGAUCAGUCCUGAGGACGUGAAGCACCUUCCAGAAGAUGAAAACACGCCAGAGAAGCGAGCCGAGAAGAUCUGGGGGUUCUUUGGAAAGAAGGAUGAUGAUAAACUCACAGAGGAAGAGUUCAUCGAGGGGACGCUGGCCAAUAAGGAAAUUCUGCGACUGAUCCAAUUUGAGCCUCAAAAAGUGAAGGAAAAACUGAAGGAAAAGAAACAGUGA